AGUGUGGUUGUCAGCGUGACAGGUUGAUAAAGGUUGUUUUUUCAAGUUUUUAGGUUAUUGCUAUUGCUAAUAAUAAUAAUUUAUUAUUGGUGUUAUGUUAGGCAAUUACAAAAAUCUAAUGCCUAAAAAAACCUAGACUUAUACAUUUUGACAUCUAAAAUGAGUUCGACAUUAAUAAAUGUAUUUAAAAAACUUAAUUUAACCGCCGUCACCCAAAUUCGACUGUGUUCUUCGGCCACAAACGCAGUCUCCGCUAAUGAUAAAAACAGAGAUUUAAGCAUAGUCAAAAAAGACUGGAAAUUCCCUCCCCAGUACACAAAACCUCGUGAAGUGUGGAUUGAGAACUUAGAUUCGGUAGAAGAGAAGAAGCUUGGACUUUUCGAACUUCAUCCGUUAGUAUACGCAACUGUUCCGCGAAUAGACCUUAUUCAUCGCAAUGUAGAAUGGCAAAAGAAAUAUCGUUGGGUAUCAUGGGCUCAUACAAAGACUAGAGCUGAAGUCAGGGGUGGCGGAAGGAAGCCCUGGCCGCAGAAAGGUUUGGGUCGUGCUAGACAUGGUUCCAUCAGGUCUCCACUCUGGCGAGGCGGUGGUAUCGUUCAUGGACCUCGAUCCGGAAAAACACAUUUCUUCAUGUUGCCAUUUCAUAUGAGGAUUUAUGGUUUAACAUCAACCUUGUCUGCAAAAUUAGCACAAGAUGACCUGCACAUUGUGAAAGAUUUAGAACUGCCCACGGAGGAUUCUGAAUAUUUCAUUGAUCUUAUAGAGGAAAGAAAUUGGGGUCCUUCUGUACUCUUAGUAGAUGAUUCCGAUUAUGCCCCACGAAAUAUAACAGUGGCAACAGAUAAUCUCCCACAUGUCAAUAUAAUGCCAGUAUAUGGACUAAACGUUUAUUCAAUGUUGAAGCAUGACACCUUAAUUCUAACGCAAGCUGCUGCAGAAAGGAUUGAAGAAAGAAUACUAACCCAUAUGAAUUCAACUAUGACACAGCAACAAACGAAAUUUAAACUUAGUCAAGUAUAAAUUAUAAUAUUUUAGUGAAAAUAAAAUAGAUGUUCAUAUUAAA